AUGAACAAAAUGAAUAAUAUUCAAACUGAUGAUGCAGAUGGAGCAUUUGUUUACUAUAAUGACUUAAAUAUGGAGAGAAAAAAAGAGCUUCUUCUUACUCUACGACAAGAAAAUGGACAACUUCUUAAAAAAUUAAAUAUAUUAAAUGAAGCAAUUGAUGUUCUUAAAGACAAUAAUAGUGAAGAGAAAAUUACUUAUUAUGAUAAGGUGGAUUUUAAUAAGUAA